AUGACUGCUCAGCUCAAGACAAUGGAAAGAAGGCACCAAAGUGCGAUCAGCGAAGUAAUCGAAGAAAAGGAAACUUUGCAGGAGAGGUUCCAAGCCCAGAUUCUCGACUAUAGUGACUUGCGCAGGAAGUAUGAAGAGCUGGGGAAGCUUUACAAGGACAAGUGUCGCAGACUGAACCAAGUUCAGGACUUGUACGACAAGGUCAAGCAGAGAGUCGAAAUGGGCCAAGUGGAGGCUGCCGCAUCAGAUGCAGUUGACUUCCAGCUUCUUGGUCCAGGUCCAAACACAACACAGGGUCUCUGCGAACAUCAACAGGAGCCUACAUACCUUGAUCCCCAACGCCACGCGGGUCCGAUCAGGGUCUACGGACAGUAUGGCUCCGUUGCGUCCCGGGAAGAGGAACCGUGGUCCAGGCCUGGCCCUACCCCCGGUUAG